AACAAAUGUAAAAUCAAAACAUGCACUUCAAAUAAUUAUUCUGUCAAACUUAAUUGAUUUUUUACAAUGAAAAUUUACAAAAUUUCUCCGACUGUUAAAAGAAUAAAUUAUCUUGGACAGAGUCAGAGUAUUAAAAACAAUUUUAGAACAUGUAUAUUGGUGAACCUGAGCAUUCCCACGUGUUAAUGUUUUCGUGAUUUUGUAGUAAUUAGAGUUGCUUAUUUGUUAUUGAUCAAGAAGUUAUAGUGAUGCCACCUUUAAAAACCAGCCGGUUGGGUAGGUGUGAAGUAUGUGAUGACAACGAUGCCAAAUAUGCUUGCCCCAGGUGUGAAGUGAAAACCUGUUGCCUGUCUUGCAUCAAGAUUCACAAAAAGGAGCUGUCAUGCUCUGGGCAAAGAGAUAGAGUGGCCUACAAGCCCCUGAAUAGAUUCACAAAUAUGGAUCUUCAGAGUGAUUACACAUUGCUGGAAGAAACGAGUCGGCGUAUCGAAAUAGCUGCCCGAGACCCAUGCAAGUACUACACGCGGCUAGGUGACUUACCUGUGCAUCUGCACAGACUGAAGAAAGCAGCUAUCGAAAGGACGAUCCACCUUGACUUCCUGCCAAAGAAUUUUUCGCGGCACAAAGCGAACACCACGUACCUGAACUGGCACACCAGGUCGAUCUCCUGGCAUGUGGAGUGGGUUUUUGCGCAAGCGAACAUCACUUGUGUUGACGACAGACUGCCGGAGGACGAGCGGCUGGCGGUGCUCGCCAGCAAGUACCUGGACCCCGCCAGGUGCGACGAGGCGCUCGGGGAGAGCCUGCAGUUCUACCACUCGCAGGGCCUGGAGGGGGCGGCGCUCCUGCUGAAGACGGAGCACCCGUCGCGGUUCUACGAGCUGGACCCGUCCGCCACCCUGGGGGGCGGCCUGCGCGGCAAGUACCUCAUAGAGUUCCCCACCAUCCACGUCGUGCUCAAGGACCACAGGCACGCCUACCCCAUCGUGGACUCGGAUGAUGAAGAGUUUGGAUCUUUCAAGUCCGUACCGCCACGUUUCAAUGGCUACAUGAAUACAGCACUGCCAAGAAACAAGCAAGAUAACUUCCUGUUCUACAAUUCUGAUUCAGACAAUCCAGAUGAUGGAAAACGCAGGCAGAAAGAAAGGCCUCUGCAGAACAGUUGAUCACACUCUACACAGAACUUAUUUAUGCGAAACAGAUGUUAGGAUAUGAAAUCAGUGUAGCUACUGUACAUUUUUUUUUUUUAUAUUCUCAUAAAUAAUUUUGAAAUAACUCAAA